AUGCUGACUGUAAAGCAAGUGGCGUUUUGUAUGCUGCUGACUCUUCCAGUUAUUGCUGCUCUAAUAUGUGAGACCUGCGACGGGGAAAGCUGUUCCGAGCCGGAUAGAUGGGUGCAGUUGUUGUGCUCGGGCGAAACCCGGUACUGCUAUCGACUGGUGGAUCAGGGUGAUCAGGUUUACCGCCGUGGCUGCACGGCGUUGAAUUGUACAAUGAUGCCGGGGAUCUCUGUCGGAUCGACGUGCAACGUCUGCGACAGCGACAAGUGCAACGGGAGAAAACCGAUCCGACAAACAAGCGCGGGCGGUGGCGAUGUUUGGGGCUCGACGGGCUCAACACUGGAUCUACUCUCCUCUGUGAUACUCUGCAUUCUGCCGGUGCUUUUUGUGCAA